AUGGGGUUUACACUUGAAGAAUUAUUGAACGAUCCAAGUAUCCUGUUUACUGAGAAGAAAAACCAAGCGGAUGAUGCAUUCAAUUACGAGAAUUUGCUAAUCACUUUAAAAGACAUUGUUGAUCCAGUCAUCAAACACAGCGAGAAUUCGGUGUUGGAUGAGAUUUAUGUUGAUGGCUUAGAUGCAACCCAAGUUUGGGGACAGGCAAAGAUGGUCUUUGAUAGUGUUGAGAGAAGUGUGUAUGAGGAAAUUGAAGAAUACAAAGAGAAUGGUUUAUACCUUGAUGAGGGAUUGGCGGCAGAAAAAGAAGAGGAAGAAGAUGGGUUAGACAACGAAGAUAGCGACGUUGCAUUUGGUGAACGAGGUAGCGUAGAUGAGGAGGAUUCUGAAGAAGAGGUUGCUGACGAGGAAGAAGGAGAAGGGGAGGAUGAGUCCAAUGCCGAAGUUCUACCAGAAGAGGAAAUGAGGGACUCAGAUGAGGGGGAACAAGACUAUGAAGAAGGAUCAGAAGAGGAAGCUGUACAAGGAGGUGAUGCUGAAGAAGAUAAAAAAGAAGAUGGAUUUGGCCUCAACGAUGGUAUGUUUGACCUGAAAGAAUACCAACGUCAAGUUUUGGCACUUGAAGAUGGAGUUGAAGAUCAGUCAGAUGACGAAGAAGUCGAUUAUUUUGGAGAUUUAGGUGAUGAGGACGACGAUGAUGAGGAGAUGCUAACGUACAAGGACUUUUUUGAUGAUACGAAGACACCACAAAGAAAAGGAAAGAAGAGCAGAAAAAAUAAGGAAGCCACCCAAGCAGAGGAGGAGUUAGGAGAAGACGAGUACGACGAAGCUUUCAAUGCAGCCCAAGCUGAUAUUUUUGAUGAGGAGAUCAAAGAAGAGGAGGCGGAAAAGACCAAGAGUAGGUCCAAGCCGGAAGAAAGGCUCUCGACUUUUGAGAAACAACAACGUGAGAUUCAAAGACAAAUAUCCGAGCUUGAAGCAGAAUCCAUUGCCGAGAAGAAAUGGACAAUGAAAGGUGAAGUUAGUGGAAAACAAAGAGACGCAGACACUUUACUCGAGGAGGAAUUAGAAUUUGACCGUACAGCAAAACCAAUUCCUGUUAUCACACAGGAGACAACCGAGACUAUUGAGGAGAUCAUCAAGAGGAGAAUUGUGAAUCAAGAAUUUGAUGAAAUUCCAAAGAGGAUAAUCAGUGAGAUGAACAGCUUCAAGCCAAGUAAAAAAGUCCAAGUGAGUGAGGAGAAAUCUUCCAAGUCACUAGCUGAGUUAUACGAGGACGAAUAUGCUGGCAAAACGGGGGAUGAGGAGAUCAAUGAAGAGUUACAGAAGGCACAUGAUGAAAUCAGUGCCAUGUUUAAAGAUGUCACCUACCAGUUGGACAGUCUCUAUUCUUCGCAUUUUGUGCCAAAGCCAAAGGAGAAGUUGCUAGAUGUGAGGGUCGAGACGUCCACCAUUGCAAUGGAGGACGCACAGCCAUUAACGAUGGCAUCGAACAACACCUUGGCGCCACAAGAAGUGUAUAAAGCGACAACCAAGGUUGGAAAGAACGAGGUUUUACUCAAAUCCGGUGUUGUGAUGGCCAAGGGAGAAUUGGAGACAGAGGAUAAACAACGGUUGCACAGGGCCAAGAAGAGAAAGCAGCACAUGCAACACAAGGAUGAUUCUCUGAAGAAGAAGAAGGUGGAGGUGAAGCAGUUAUGA